AUGUGCUUCAUGGUGGCUGGCUGUGAGCUUGGUCAUGUUCAGAUGCGGCGACUCAGAACUGGCAGUGGAGCUGGCGAUUCGUUGCACAGGGGGAGUGCGGCGAUUCAAGUGAGGCUAGUGGCUCACAGAGGAGGGUGCUGGUGUCUCGCUUUCUCCGAUUCUCAUUAUGCUCUCACUAAACUUGCUCAUUCCUUCCUCGACCUUCCUCGCGCGCUUUUGAACUUGCCAAACUUGUCAAGCGAACUCACUCAUCACCGCAUUGUACAAAUUUGCCGGCAACAUCGUGAACGUGGUUCCAUUGUCAACAACCACGCCGUCAUCCCCUCUGCGGUUCACGCUCGACAGCAUAUUCAGUGCCAGGAUAGUCGUCUCCCCUACGGAUAUCCCAGCGAGUCCAAUGCAGUAGAAAUAAGGAUGCUUCGGGUUCCAAAGCAUGGAUUCCUGUGGAG